GGAGACGCGGCGGGCGGCGGGAGCGCGGCCGUUGCGGGCCGGCCCGCGGGGCUGAGGGCGGACGAAGCCGGGCCCGCGCACCGGCCCGGCGCCCACCAUGCGGCGGUUGCGGCGCCUGGCGCACCUGGUGCUCUUCUGCCCCUUCUCCAAGGUCCUGCAGGGCCGGCUCCCGGGCCUCAGGGUCAAGUACGUCUUCCUGGUCUGGCUGGGCGUCUUCGCGGGCAGCUGGCUGGUGUACGUGAACUACUCGUCCUACGCGGAGCUCUGCCGUGGGCACAUCUGCCAGGCGGUCAUCUGUGACCAGUACCGGAAGGGCAUCAUCUCGGGGCCCCUGUGCCAGGACCUGUGCAGCCUGCACGCGCUGGAGUGGAGGACCUGCCUCUCAGCCGCCCCGGGCCGGCAGGUGUAUAGCGGGCUGUGGCAGGGCAAGGAGGUGACCAUCAAGUGCGGCAUCGAGGAGGGCCUGGACCCCAAGGCCGGGCCAGAGGCGGCGCCCCGGCGGGAGCUGGUGCUGUUCGACAAGCCCACCCGGGGCACCUCGAUCAAGGAGUUCCGGGAGAUGACCCUGAGCUUCCUCAAGGCGAACCUGGGGGACCUGCCCUCCCUGCCCGCGCUGGCCGGCCAGGUCCUGCUCAUGGCGGACUUCAACAAGGACAGCCGGGUGUCGCUGGCCGAGGCCAAGUCGGUGUGGGCGCUGCUGCAGCAGAACGAGUUCCUGCUGCUGCUGUCCCUGCGGGGCCGGGGCCACGCCGCCCCGCUGCUGGGCUACUGCGGGGACCUGUACGUCACCGAGGGCGUGCCGCACGCCGCCCGGCCCGGCGCCGCGCUCCCGCCCCUGCUGCGCCCGCUGCUGCCGGCCGCCGUGCACCGGGCCCUGCAGCAGUGGCUGGGGCCCGCGUGGCCCUGGCGGGCGAAGAUCGCCAUCGGCCUGCUGGAGUUCGUGGAGGAGCUGUUCCACGGUGCCCACGGCAACUUCUACAUGUGCGACACCACGCUGGCCAACGUGGGCUACACGGCCCGGCACGACUUCAGGAUGGCCGACCUGCAGCAGGUGGCGCCCGAGGCCGCCGUGCGCCGCUUCCUGCGCGGCCGCCGCUGCGAGCGCAGCGCCGACUGCACCUACGGGCGCGACUGCCGGGCGCCCUGCGACAAGCUCAUGCGCCGGUGCAAGGGCGACCUGCUGCAGCCCAACCUGGCCAAGGCGUGCGCGCUGCUGCGGGACUACCUGCUGCCCGGCGCGCCGCCCGGCCUGCGCGAGGAGCUGGGCCGGCAGCUGCGCGCCUGCACCACGCUGAGCGGGCUGGCCAGCCAGGUGGAGGCGCACCACUCGCUGGUGCUGAGCCACCUCAAGUCGCUGCUGUGGAAGGAGAUCUCCGACAGCAAGUUCUCCUGACGGCGCGGCGCGGCCGGGACUCGCGGCCGGGGACCGGGCCCCCUCCCGCACUGGGGCCCUGCAGCCGCCCUCGGCCUCUUCGCCUGGUCACCGCUGGAGAAGGGCCGGGCUGCAGGGGCUGGGCACCCGGAGGCUGCUCCGCCGUGCCCCGCCCUUCCCCCUGGGUCCAGCAGCAGGGACUGAUGGGCCGGGAGGCUGGCAGGAGAGGCUGCAAGGGGGAGGGCAGGACCGAGGACAGGGAGUCUGACCAAGGGCUGGCCGAGGGGACCCGCCCGGGCCAAGUGGGGUUUUGUUACUUUCAGGAACAUUUGAUGUGAAUAAACAGCUCUUCUGUG